AUGAGCCUGUCUGGUCUGUUUCUCAUUGAAAUGUGGUUGGCUCACACCAGCUGUUGAUUUUGUUCCAGCAUGAUUUCUUCUAAUUCCACCUGUUGUCUGGUUGCAUGCAGCGUUCAGAGAGACCUGUCUGACACGUCUGGAUGACCAACCCACCGAAGAACCAACCCAAGUCAACCCGCCCCACGCGACUCCACAAGCCUUCGUUCUCCACACUGAACACAUUCUCUCUGCCUCCUUACAGGUGUCGGUCAGCCCGUCUGUGUCGACGUUCCCAAACCACCUCCAGCAGCUUGGAGCUUCUGUCCUGAUCCAACAUGGCGGCCGGGCUCUGUGGCACCUGGGACAUGGUCAGCAACGUCAACUUUGACGGAUACAUGGUUGCUCUGGGCGUCAGCUCUACGCUGAGGAAGGCGGCCGUCAAGCUGAAGCAGAAGAAGGUGAUCGAGGAGAAGGGGGGGGUCUGCUGCAUCAAGACCCUGAGCGCCUUGAGGAACUACACCUGCUCCUUCACCGUGGGACACCAGUUUGACGAGGUCACCAAAGGACUUGAUAACCAGCGUCUUAAGUCUUUGGUGAGAUGGGAGGGGGAGAAGCUGGUGUGUGAGCAGAUUGGACAGAAGCAGAACCGUGGAUGGGCUCACUGGAUCGAAGAUGGCAAGCUUCAGUUGGAGCUGUUUUGUGAAGGACAGGUCUGCAGGCAAGUUUUUAGGAAGAAAGAAAGCGAAAAGGACGGUUCCUGCAAGUCUGAUUCCUGAAGAAAAAACAAAUCAAUGCACCUGGUGUAUAUUAUAUUUAUUUCCUAUAUUUCCUUUCUUUUGACGUCCUUUAGGGAAGCUGUACGGCUAUGGCCUUACAAUAUAUUUUUGAUGUUGUAUAUUUAUUGGCACUAGAUGGCAAUGUUGUAUCAGUUUUCCCUCUUGUCUUUUAUUCAGGUAAUCUUGGACACUAUUUUGGGUUGAAUGUCAGACUAAUACCCAUUAUUUUAUAACAACAUACAAUCUGUUAUAUCAUAUAAUAAAUAUUAUAGCUCUGAGGUCUUCAUCCAAGCUUGUUUGUCUAUGAUCACGUUGUAUUUGUAAAGAAAGAUGUCAGAUUUAACACGUAUUAAGUAUUAACACAUCUUACAUCUGUAUACCAAACUUUUGCAGAUUAACUAACAUGUACGUUAAUACAUACAUGUAAUUCUUUAUUAUUGUGUAUAACACUGUCCUGCAUCAUACUCUCUUAUCUCAAUGGCUUAAAUAUAAUUAGCUACAAUUGAUCUUCUCAUUGUGCACCUGGGUAACCUUCUGGCCGUUUCUCAAUACAUUAUUUUCUGUAGUUGUGUACUUCCGUCGUAGCCCAAGUACUGUUCCAAUUAAAAAUUUGCAUCGUCAAGUACAGUCGAACGACACAGAAGUGUUCUUUUUGUGUUCUCAAAUCAUGUCCAAAACGAUUAUAUUCCAGGAUCAGGAAUCAAUUCUUUCGGUUCCCUUCACUAUCACAAGUCGUUUUUUGAUUAGUUCCUU